UUCUCUUUGAACUCUAUGAAGUGCGGAUUGACAGGAAAAAGUCACACUUGACUGUCAACUGAUAAGUUGAUAACAGAUGUCACCUGAUAACAAUAGGCUCGACAAAUAUUUAUGAAUACCAGCUAUAUUACUUGCUCUGUGUUUAUAAAUAUUAUAUCGGCUAGCUAGAGUCUAGCUGGCAUCUAUUUAAUUCACAACUGUUUACCAUAAAAAAGGAUUAUAUUAUAUUUAGAUAUGUUACGAAAAGACGUGAUGUCUCCAGUGGAUUCUGGUAAAUAUAUUGCAGAUUUGGCCCAAUAUAUUAAAAUACACGAGGAAGGCAUAACAAAACUAAGUGACGAGAUACUAAAAUCCACAAAGGACAAAAAGAUUACUAUCCCAGAGAUAGGCACAAGCUCUAUACAGCCCAGCAAAGAUCACCCCAGAGCAGUAGAUUGGGUGUUUGUAGUAGAUGCUCUGAACUUUUGUUUCUGGUCAAAGAACAAGGAAGAACAGUGGACUGUAGAUGGCCACACUGGAUAUUGUGCUUUGGAAGCUGCAUUGUGUAGAGCUAUUAAGAAUGGAUAUGACAUCACAAACCCAGAAUACUACUCAAAAAUAUCCAGCGAAGACUUAAGAACAUUAUUUAAAGGGGACACAGAUGCCGAAAUUCCAUUAUUCCAAGAACGAAUAGCAGUUCUACAUGAAGUAGGUUCCAUACUGCUUGAAAAAUAUAACGGAACAUUUGAAACUUGUGUGAAGGAAGCGAAAAAAUCUGCUGCCAAAUUACUUAGUGUUGUUGUAGAGAACUUUCCGUGUUUCAGAGAUGAGGCUACAUAUAAACAACGGAAGGUAUCUCUGUAUAAACGAGCCCAGAUCCUUGUUGCUGAUUUGUGGAACUUCUUUGGCGGUACAGGGUGGGGAGAGUUUAAUGAUAUUGAUGUGAUUACUAUGUUUGCUGAUUAUAGAGUACCACAAGUGUUGGUGUAUUUUGGUGUGCUGAGUUAUAGUGAUGAAUUAAUGGACAAAUUGAGGAAUGAUAACCUCUUACCAAGUGGGUCCGAAGAAGAAAUCGAAAUAAGAGGUUGUUCAAUUCACGCAGUAGAGUUACUCAAGAAGACUUUGCAAGAGAAAAUAAGAGAUACAGGGGAGAAUAUAGAAGUUCCAAAUUCCAGUUUGAUUGAUUAUUUUUUAUGGUGCUAUAGACGGAAACACGCACAAGAGAUGGAAAAAGUGCCAUAUCAUAAGACUUUGGGUAUUUUUUAUUAAAACUGUGAUAAAAAUCUUAAAAAUAGUUUUUAAGAUUUGUACAAACUAUGGAGAGUAAUGUAAAAUAUUGAUUUUUAUAUUUUUUGAAUACAAUUUGUGAUUGUGUUGAUAU